AUGGCUCCUCCAAUCUUUGAUUUCAAAAGUUUCAAAAACUUGUUAUCAUUUUCUCUUCAAAAAAUAGCCUCCAUAGCCUCCCAACAAAAGGAAAUCUCAACGACCACCACCAUUUCCACCCAACAUUGCUUCUUUAUCGAUCAUCCAGCAAUAAAGAUUUGAGCUUUGUGACAGUGGACUCGUUCUUGUUCACACCCAUUCCGUAAAAGAAGGUGGGAAUUGAACUGGAAAUCUGGGGAGAGAAGGAAGAUGAAUGUUGUGGGCAGGCAAAUGCAGAGAUCUAGCUCAACUGGCCACAACAACCGCCAGUUCUCAGAUAACUUCAUUGACACUGCGUUUAAUAACAAGUGGCUUCAAUCUGCUGGCCUCCAUCAUCUCCACUCUUCCAACCCAAAUGUCCCCCCUCUUCAGGAUUUUGGGUUCUAUGGUAAUAAUGUGGGCGGGCAGGGGCCAAAGCUGGGAAGGAAUAUGCCGAGGAGUGUAAAUGGAGGAAGCAACGAAGAUGCUUCCACUCCUCCCGCUUGUUCACGCUCAUCAAGCAUGAGAGGGAAUGGUGGCUUAGAGGGAAUGUUGCCCAAUGAGCUGAGCCCUGGAUUGCUUGACUUGCAUUCGUUCGAUACUGAGCUCAUAUCAGAGGUUCCUUCUAAUUACAAUGGAUUUGCCCUCAAGCAGCCUCUUGCUGCUCGAAGCUUUGAUGAUUCUGACCCAUAUAUCUCCACUAACAAACUCGGUAAUGGUGGGCGUGGUUUGGCUGAUAAUAGCCUUCUUAAGAGCUUCUCUGCUGAUAAGGAAAAGGCAAAUGUUGCUAAGAUCAAAGUUGUGGUGCGGAAAAGACCUCUUAAUAGAAAGGAAAUAUCAAAGAAAGAAGAAGACGCCGUUGCAAUAGAUCCUCACAACAAUUCACUUACUGUUCAUGAAACAAAGCUGAAGGUUGACCUGACUGAAUAUGUCGAGAGACAUGAAUUUGUUUUCGAUGCUGUACUGAAUGAAAAUGUUUCAAACGAUGAAGUGUACUUAGAGACAGUGGCGCCCAUAGUCCCGUUAAUUUUUCAGCGAACAAAAGCUACCUGCUUUGCAUAUGGGCAAACAGGCAGUGGAAAGACAUAUACAAUGCAACCAUUGCCUCUUAAAGCAGCUGGGGACGUCUUCUCGUUAAUGCACCACAAUUAUCGCAAUCAGGGAUUUCAACUUUUUGUCAGUUUCUAUGAAAUAUAUGGAGGCAAAGUAUUUGACCUUCUGAAUGAGAGGAAAAAGCUAUGCAUGAGGGAGGACGGGAAGCAACAGGUCUGCAUCGUGGGCUUACAGGAAUACAGAGUGUCAGAAGUGGAGACGGUGAAGGAAUUGAUCGAGAAAGGAAACGCCACCAGAAGCACGGGCACCACUGGUGCUAACGAGGAAUCCUCCCGUUCACAUGCUAUACUUCAGCUUGCAAUCAAGAGAUUCGUCGAUGGAAAUGCAUCAAAGCCUGCUCGAAUUGUUGGCAAGCUAUCGUUUAUCGACCUAGCUGGUAGUGAACGCGGUGCUGAUACCACUGAUAACGACAAACAGACAAGAAUGGAAGGUGCAGAAAUUAAUAAAAGCUUAUUAGCUUUAAAAGAGUGCAUUAGAGCUCUUGACAAUGAUCAAGGCCAUAUUCCAUUCAGAGGGAGUAAGCUCACUGAAGUUCUUAGGGAUUCGUUUGUCGGUGACUCUCGAACUGUCAUGAUAUCGUGCAUCUCGCCAAAUUCAGGGUCGUGCGAACACACCCUCAACACGCUAAGAUAUGCAGACAGGGUCAAGAGUCUAUCUAAGGGUAGUGGCCCCAAAAGAGAACCUCCUUCGUUGUCAAACCUCAGAAACUCGAUUGCAGUCCCCUUAUCCUCGGUUCUGCCAACUGUCUCAGGCUCCGAGGAAAAUAUGGCUAAUGUUUCUCAGGAAACUAGUAGAGCCAACUUGACUAAACAAACUGAAAAGGAGCCUUUUCAACACGUUGAGCGUGUUCCUAGUGGAAGGUCACAAUUCAAUUUGGCUGAUGACCAGAAGAGGAGAACUGGCCACAUUGACAUAAAAGAAAACGAUUUUGAUUAUUCUGAAGAGAGCCGUGGACAAGAGAAGCCUUCAUGGAUGGUAAAUAAGAAAGGUGAUAGCUUCCAGAUAUCGACCUUGGAGGAUAAGAUGAGAAAAAACGGGCAUAAGGAUCUCCCGCACUUCGGGACAGACAACAUAAAUUCAGAGGACGAUCUCAAUACGCUGCUGAAGGAAGAAGAAGCUCUUCUUAAUGCACAUCGCAAACAGGUCGAGGAUACCAUGGAUCUUGUCAGAGAGGAGAUGAACCUGCUGGUAGAAGUUGAUCAACCCGGUAACCAGCUCGAUGACUAUAUCUCCAGACUGCAUAGACUUCUGUCACAAAAGGCAGCUGGUAUUAUGCAACUACAAACCCGCUUAGCCGAGUUUCAGAAGCAUCUCAAAGAACAGAAUGUUUUCAUACCUGCUGCUACGAACUGAUAUCCGGUUUGCAGAAAAGGUUUUCGCUUAGGCAUGCCACGAUGGGUUGUGCUUCGUUUCUUCAACUGGUAAGCAACUUCACCUUCUUGUGAGUGAUUGGUUUACCAGAUAUGCAUUCCAUGUGGAUUGUGAGGAUACAUUUAUGUCUGCUAUUAUCUGUAUUGCUGCUGUUAUUCGAUUUUCGAACAAAAACAUAGAGGGAGGGAGAGUCAUUUACUUCUACCUAUGUAUUGGGGUUCUAUGCUUGUAAAACUGUUGCUAUGUAUAGAGUUGAAUAUAUUGCUAAUGAGAUUUAGUGUUCUGCUCUGAUAA